CAUAGUGCGGUGUGCACAAGCCAAACACCUUUCCAAAUGUGCUUACUUCUUUUUGCAUGCUACAAGAUUCUCUCUCCUCGCACUUUCUAGGAUUAUCACCAGACCAUAUUUUAAUUCUAACUUGCAGAUUCUUCUCUGACUUCUAAGUUGAUGCUACUACUUCUUCUAUUUCUCGAUUAUCCAAUUGUAUUUGUAUAGGUACACUUCAUAUCACUCAAAUUCCCAGAUUUAUUGCCUCCAAUUUCACCCCCUUCUUCAGAAAUUUGUCUUUUUUUAGAUUUUGUUCUUGGUUUAUUGAAAUUGAACUGAAUUUGGAUCUGGAUAUUUCUCAUUUUUCCUGUUUAGGUAAAAGUCUGUGUCUUGGUUGCUUUAUAUGAGUGGUCUGUCUGAGAUAGAGAUCUGGGGAUAUGGGGGCGGCAAGCUCUAAAAUAGACGAUGACAAGUCCCUGAAAUUAUGCCGUGAAAGGAAGAAAUUAAUUAGACUAGCUCUUGAUGGGAGGUGUGCUCUAGCAGCUGCUCAUGUUGCUUAUAUUCAUUCAUUGAAGAGUACUGGAACGGCAGUUAGAAAAUUUGUGCAACCAGAUGCUCCAGUGGAAUCUUCUCUGUAUACAUCCACCAGUGCCACUCCAGAACCACUUGCUUUGACUGAUAAGUUACUUUCUAGUUUUUCAUUUCCUUCACCAUCAGUGUCACAACGUGUGGAGACAAAUGAACAUUUGCUUCCAUCUCCUUCACCUCCAUCCAUGGGCCGCUAUCAGGUGCACCAUAUGAAUUUCAGGGGCACCUUCAUUAGAAAGGUUGAAGAAAAGCCUCCACUAGUUGUCACUGGGACGGUCACUUCAUUGACCACACCACACAAUUCCACCCCUCGGUCCAUUGAAAGAACCCAACGAUCUCCGUCAGAAUCUCCAACUCACCAACCUGGAACUCCGUCCCAUCCACCUGAAAAUUCACCUUGGGAUUAUUUUGGGCUUUUCCAUCCUGUUGACAAUCACUUAUCGUCUCAUGACCAUAGAGAUUUAGACCAUAACUUUGCAAACAAUGAUAACUUUAAACACAUUAAACAACAUGAUUCAGUUCCUGAACUGGAAGAUGGCGAGGAGAAAAUAUUUUCUAGUGGAAGCGAAGGAUCUGAUUCAGAUGAAUUUGAUGAUCCUUCUUCUGAUACACUAGUACGAAGUUUUAAAAAUCUUAACCGAGAAGAGAGUAAUGGUGGAACUGGCACCUCUCCUACAGCGCAUACUGCCGGAAGUGUUGAAUCUGAGAACGAACUGUUCGAUGAGGAGAAAGUCAGCUCUCCUAAAUUGUCACCCUUGAAAACAAAAUCUUCAGAAGCUACAGUUACAACUGAAGCUAAGGUGACAACAGUAACAGAUGAUGAUUUUGAGCAAAAGAUUUCCCCAAGAGACCUUCUUUCUAGUAUGAGAGAAGUUGAACUUCUUUUUGCCAAAGCUUCUGAAUCUGGAAAAGAAGUGCCGAGAAUGUUAGAAGCAAACAAGUUGCAUUUUCGUCCCUUAUUUCCCGGGCAAGAGUCUGGUGUGUCAACAACAGCUAGUCUACUCAAGGCUUGUUUUUCCUGUGGAGACGAUCCAAGCCAAGUUCAAGAAGAGCCUACUCAGUCCUCAAUGAAAUACUUAACUUGGCAUCGGACUACUUCAUUCCGCUCGUCUUCCUCCCGGAAUCCUCUUGAUUCAAAUUCAAGAGAGGGUGUUGAGGACCUUACAAGUGAUCUGUUUGAGAAUUCUUACAUGAUUUCUGGUGGUCAUGCUUCUACUUUAGAUAGGCUGUUUGCAUGGGAGAAAAAGCUGUAUGAUGAAGUUAAGGCUAGUCAGACUGUCAGAAGGGAGUUUGACGAGAAAUGUAAGACUUUGAGAGAACAAGAAACUAGGUGCGAAAGUCAAUACAAGAUUGACAAGACUCGUGCUGUCGUGAAGGACUUGCACUCUAGGAUUGGAGUUGCAAUUCAAAGAAUCGAUACAAUAUCAAGAAGAAUCGAAGAACUGCGGGACAAAGAGCUGCAGCCGCAACUUGAGGAAUUGAUUGAAGGAUUACGAAGAAUGUGGGAAGUGAUGUUCGAAUGCCACAAGCUACAGGUGCACAUAAUAACAAGUGCAUUUAGCAACGGCAGUGUGAAACUAUCCCUAGAAUCAGAAUCACGUCGCCACAUCACACAACUUCUUGAAGAAGAAUUGGGCAAACUGUCCUCGAGUUUCACCAAAUGGAACAAUGCUCUCAAGUCCUACAUUCAGGCUAUUGAUGAUUGGCUAAAUAAAUGUGUGAUUAUUCAGGAGAAAACUUCAAAGAAGCGAAGGUGGGGGCUUCCAUUAGAACGGAGAUUGCGGUUUGCAGGCCCACCUAUAUACACUACCUGUGGUGUUUGGCAUGACACACUCAAAGAAUUGUCAGUGACGGAAGUGGAAGAAACAAUAAAGGGAUUAGCAACUGAGAUAUCUCGAUUCGUUCCUCUCCAAGAUGGGAAGAAGACCCGCAAAGAAGCAGAACAAAUGCAUACUCACGAACCCUUCGAGGAGUGGAAUACAAGUUAUGAUCAAUUCCAAUCAAGCUUUGUCAUUUUUCUUAAUGAGCUUUGUAAGUUUGCAGACCGUUCUCUCAACGUGUAUUCAGAGCUUCAGACUAACAUUGAAGAAUCCAAGAGAAACUAUGAGCACAAGAUGUCUCAACCUUAAUUUUAGUUGUUUGACACUUGACAGAGGCCAUACGGUACAGAUUGGUGGUUCCGCUACAGUUUCAGGUAUAUAUAUAAACUUUGAUAAAUGGAAAGGUGGUAAAAUUUAUUGGAUUUUGGCAUAAUGUACAGGGAUGAGGAAUAAAGAUGGAUCAUGGAUCUACUCCUAUCUUCAAGGUUUCUUCACUCUUCCCUGAGUUUAAUAAUAGGACUUGAGUUGGUUAUGUUGUUCAAGCUUCCGUCAGCGGAUGCCAUUGUUGUUGUAAGAAAAUUAGCAGAAUGAAUUUGCUUAGGCUUUUAUACAUGAAAUGCAAUAAGUUAUCAUAGAUAAGUCAUUAAGUUGAAGUAAAUUGCUUUGGAUAUAUUCAAUACAAAUCUGUGUUUGGAUUCGUCUUUGUGACCCGGCUCGGACCGUCGUUGGAAUUUAUAUGGGAGAAAAUGGCGUUUUGUACUA